ACUAUUGCUAUCGGCUCUACGUGACAGUGGAAGAGCCUGAUCUUGCCAUCACCAUGUUCAAAAAGCACAAGCUGGAUGAUGAUAUGAUCCGCCUGGUAGGGAAGCACCACCCAGAUCUCCUCAGUGACACACACCUACGCCUGGGCAAGGAGCUGGAGGCUGAAGGCCGACUGCAGGAGGCCGAGUAUCACUACCUCGAGGCUCAGGAGUGGAAGGCAACAGUGAACAUGGACCAGUCCAAUGGGCUUUUGGAGGAGGCCUACCGGGUGGCCAAGGCUCACGGAGGAGCUGAUGCCCACAAGCACGUGGCCUAUCUGUGGGCAAAGAGCCUGGGAGGAGCAUCCUCAGUGAGACUGCUCACUAAGCUCGGACUCCUGGCAGCUGCCGUGGACCAUGCCACCGACAACUGCUCAUUUGAAUUUGCUUUUGAACUCUCCCGGCUGGCCCUCAAGCACAAAACCCCUGAGAUGCAUCUCCGACAUGCUCUGUACCUGGAGGAUGAGGGUAAAUUUGAAGAGGCCGAAGCUGAAUUCAUCAGGGCUGGUACGCCCAAGGAAGCAACCCUCAUGGGCAUGGAGGGGUUCGUGGACCAAGCUCGCCAGUGGGAGCAGGCUGGAGACUAUAGCCCUGCUGUCGACUGCUACCUGAAGGUGCGGGGCUCAGGCAGCAGCAGCCUGGAGGAAAAGUGCUGGAUGAAGGUGAGGCGGGCUCCACCCUUCCUGGCCGCCCACUUCCCGGACCGCCCUCACAGCCAGCAUUCCUCCUCAGACAUUGCUUUUUCCUCCUGGGCCUCUCAUUUUCGCUCAGGCGGCAGGUACCUGCUGAGUGCUUGCUAGAUGCUAGAGCCAGAACUAGGAAAACUAUAAAAGGGGAUCUGAGGCAGAACGCCUAACAGACUGAAAUUGGGGGAAGUUGGACACCACUGUGGCUCAGCUGAUUGAGUACCUCGGUGAAGAUAAAGGAUGUGAUUUGAAGUGGAGUUCAGAGGCCGGUGAGGUCUCGACUGAGAGGGAGGGAGGCUCUGUGAGGGAGGGGGCAGACCUGGGACCAGAGCUGGAAGGGCAAAUCCAGAGGCCGGAGCUGGGGCCAGAAGGAAGCCAGGAAGAAAGUAGAGUCUCCUCCUCUACAUAGAAGCUCCUAAAGAGAAGAAUCUAGCCGGUUAAGCCAAGUCAGUAGGUUUCAUCAAUUCCUAAACAUAUAUAUAAUCACAUUUUAUUAUCUUAGAAAUUGGGUUGCAUA